GAUGUUCUUGAGCCAAAUUUCCCUUUGCGUGGUAUCCUUUGGAAAUGUGUAGAACCGCAGCUCUCUGUCCCGAUGAGAGUUGUUGUAGCAGCCAGGGACACAGCAGACUGAACGUUAUGCCAUGAAUUCUGUAGAUGAGGACCUGUCUGCUCGAAUUCUCCUGCAAAAUGUAAUUCAAACGGAGUCCUCCAGGUCCCCAAUUACCCGCAGUGCCUCCCAGGCUCAGUUCCAGUCCCCUGGGUCCAGAGUCAGAUAUAGUAUCAGACUAAGGAGGAGUGAUGUUGGGGCCCUUACCCCACAGGAGGCCCUCAAACAGAGCAUCAAAAAGAAGCUUCGUGAGAGCACUUCCAGGUCUUCCCUGCCAGAGCCACCCAGUAAGAGGUGGGCUGUAUCAGAGGGAGUCGGGAAGAUAAACACGCCUGCACCAGCCACAGCCUCACUUCUCUAUGACGAUGACAUCACACCUAGAUACCUACUCAGGGGGAUCCUGCAGACAGAGCCGGAGACAUCCCUUCUGGUUCAGGACCGGCCAGUCAGGAAGGAGCCAGAGCUGCCCUCCACAAACUCCAGUCUUCACAGCAACCGCCCAAGUACAGGGCUGUCUGAGUUGGAUCUCCCUGACAUGACCACCACAGUAAACCUGUCAAAUACGGUGAAGGGACUAAGCAGGAAGCGACCAUGUCGGAGUCUCAACAUAACAGCAUUCAACAGGCAGCUUGAACAUGAAGAUGGAGAAGGUGGCAGUGCAACAGAAAAAGACCUCUCAUCCCUGUCUUCUGCCUCUCCAAGCUCUAUCACCUUCUCUCUGAAAACACCCUUUGUGGACAUUCGGACUGAGAAAAGGAGAUUUCAAAGGAAGGUAGCAAAUCGUAAAAAAAUUUGCCUUGACGAGUUUGACGAGGCCCUACGGAAUCGACAGGCGGCAAUGGGUGGAGACCCUAAGCUGAGUGUUAGGGAGGAUCAGCAGGGUCUCAGUGAGACUGUUCGUUCUGAGGGGUUCACCUUGGGACUGAGUGACCUCACCGCUCCUGACAUCACCCAUGACAUCAUCACCAGCAAAACAGAGCUCUACGCCCCGCCUGAUGACACAGCAACAACCUUCACUAUCGCCACCCAGGACAAAGACACCAUCAUAGGCACACAGAUCCAGCGAGAAAUGGGAGGAAUGAAGGAUGAGGAGGAGAAAGAUAUGGAGGUGGUAGGGGAACAAAAGGAGUACACGAUGGAAAUAGACAACAAAGGUGGAGAGGAUUUGGCUGUUGAUGCUGGGCAGAGAGAGGCCUUGGUGAGACAGGAGGAGUCCAAAUCACAGACCGAAGAGGUAGCUGACUCCCGGACAGGAGAAGAUGAGGAGCUGGCUAAAUCUCAAACAGAAGGAGAGGUAGCCGAGUCUCCGACAGAAGGAGAGGUAGCCGAGUCUCCGACAGAAGGAGAAGUAGCCGAGUCUCCGACAGAAGGAGAGGUAGCCGAGUCUCCGACAGAAGGAGAGGUAGCCGAGUCUCCGACAGAAGGAGAGGUAGCCGAGUCUCCGACAGAAGGAGAGGUAGCCGAGUCUCCGUCAGAAGGAGAGGUAGCCGAGUCUCCGUCAGAAGGAGAGGUAGCCGAGUCUCCGUCAGAAGGAGAGGUAGCCGAGUCUCCGUCAGAAGGAGAGGUAGCCGAGUCUCCGUCAGAAGGAGAGGUAGCCGAGUCUCCGUCAGAAGGAGAGGUAGCCGAGUCUCCGUCAGAAGGAGAGGUAGCCGAGUCUCCGUCAGAAGGAGAGGUAGCCGAGUCUCCGUCAGAAGGAGAGGUAGCCGAGUCUCCGUCAGAAGGAGAGGUAGCCGAGUCUCCGUCAGAAGGAGAGGUAGCCGAGUCUCCGACAGAAGGAGAGGUAGCCGAGUCUCCGACAGAAGGAGAGGUAGCCGAGUCUCCGACAGAAGGAGAGGUAGCCGAGUCUCCGUCAGAAGGAGAGGUAGCCGAGUCUCCGUCAGAAGGAGAGGUAGCCGAGUCUCCGACAGAAGGAGAGGUAGCCGAGUCUCCGACAGAAGGAGAGGUAGCCGAGUCUCCGACAGAAGGAGAGGUAGCCGAGUCUCCGACAGGAGAGGAGGAGGAGAUGACUGAAUCUCAGACAGAAGAUGUAGCAGAUGAAGGGAGACAGGUAGUGGAAAAAGGCUUAACAUCACAGAGUUUAGUACACAACGCGAUGCACAUCAGUCGGAGAGCUUAUUGCUCAGAGGGUGGUGUCAAGGUUGCUGGAGUGAUGGAAGGAGGGAGGGGCUACAAGAGCAUGGGAGCAGAGCUCCAUCCUACAGAGACUGGUGAUUCAGGGUGCGCAGGCAGAAGGUCAGAGGGGGACACUGCUGGUGAGUGGCACAGCGGGCUGGAGGUGGGAGCUAGUGAGAGCGCCCACACCCGCACAGUAACCCUUGGCAGCGCCCCUCCCUCCCCGUUGCCCCAGGAAGAUGAGCUGGAAGGUUUGAGUAGAACAGGCACCAGCCUUGGAAAUGAGGAGAUGGAGAACUCCAUGCCUUCUUUAGAGAUUACCUUUGUACCGGAGAACAAUGCCCCUCAUAGUAGCAUUUCAUCCCUGCACCCCAUCACUGCCCAGAGCCCAGCUGACCAUGAGGAGGACUGGGAUGAUGUGGAAGAGGGGGAUGGUAUCCAGAGUGAAGAGCUGUCCAUGAAGACACCUGCAUUUGUCAGAGAGAAGAGGAAUGCUCUGCCUAUUGACCCCCUGGCCACACCUACUAUUCUCAAAGACCUUCAACCAAGUGUUUCGGCUGGUGCUGCAGCUGCGGUGAAGCCCAACGCGGUGAGGGGAAAGCGGACUGGAUCGGCCAAGAAGGAUCCUGGUCUCUCUAAGAGCUACAUCAUGAGCGUGUUCAAACACUUUGCCAAGACCAAGGUGUCUACAGAUGUCUACCCUGUCCUAAAGGAGAUAAUGGAGCUCUACUUUGACCGACUAGCUGAUGACUUGGAGAUGUUUGCUGCUCACGCCAAGAGGAAGACCAUUGAGGUAGAGGAUGUAGAGCUGCUGAUGCGGAGACAGGGGUUUGUGACUGACAGCAUGCCAGUCAAUGUGUUGAUUGAGAAAUAUCUCCCAAUGGAAUCCCGGAAGCUCCUCAUUCCUGUGGCAACAAGUGGUAACUACGUCAUUCCCAAACCAAGGAGAAAAUGACCAGCCUAUAGUGAAAAUGAUGUUGUAUAUUUGAUUGAAUAUCUAUUAACAGCUGUUAAUUUAUUAUUUGUAGACACUCAUUCAAACACAGCCAGGACAAGACCAUGUAACCUGGUGUAAAUGUGUUUUUGAUUGAAUAUGGCUUCGUCUUUUGUUUUGUUUGUUUAUAUUUGUCAAAUAUUACUGCAAUAAAAUGUAUUUGAUUUAA